UCGCAGCACCAGAUCCCUCAGGCGCGUGUCCAGCGAUGGCGAAUUACAUCCACGUCCCCGAGGGCGCGCCAGUCGUCCCGAAACUCAACGUCACCGUCGACGAGCACGACCACAGACCCGGAGCGCUGCAACUGAUAAAAGAAAUCCGACCCAACUGGAAACCCACAGAAGUCGAAAUGAAGUCCUUCACCGACGGCAUCACCAACAAGCUGAUUGGCUGCUACAUUGGCAGUGCCCUGCAGGACGUGGUCCUGGUGCGGAUCUACGGCCACAAGACGGAGUUGUUUGUGGACCGCGAGAACGAGGUGAAGAGUUUCCUGGUCCUUCAGGCGCACCGCUGUGCUCCGCACCUCUACUGUACUUUCAACAAUGGCCUCUGCUACCAGUUCCUCGAAGGCAUGGUCCUGGAGCCGGAGCAUAUCCGCAACCCUGGAAUUUUCAGGCUGAUUGCACGGCAGCUGGCAAAGUACCAUGCCAUUCACGCCCACAACGGCUGGGUGCCACAGUCAGACCUUUGGCUGAAGAUGGGAAAGUUCCUCUCCCUGGUCCCCACCCGCUUCGAGGAUCCAGCCAAGAACCAGAGGCUGAUCAGCGCAGUGCCCAGUGUUGCCUGUCUGCAGGACGAGCUUGUGUGGCUACAGCACAGUCUCUCCCAGCUGGCUUCUCCCGUCGUGCUCUGUCACAAUGACCUGCUGUGCAAAAACAUCAUCUAUCGGUCAGCAGGAGGAAAUGUCAAAUUCAUUGACUACGAAUACGCUGGCUACAAUUACCAAGCCUAUGACAUUGGGAACCACUUCAACGAAUUUGCAGGUCUGAACGAGGUGGACUACAGCCUGUAUCCUGGGCGGAGCCUACAGCUGCAGUGGCUCAAGGCAUACCUAGAGGCGUAUAAGGAAUACAAGGAUCAGUCCACCGAGGUGACUGACAGUGAAGUGGAGCUUCUGUACGUGCAGGUCAACCGCUUUGCCCUGGCGUCUCAUUUCUUCUGGGCUCUGUGGGCCUUGAUUCAGGCUCAGUAUUCCACCAUUGACUUUGAUUUCUUGGGAUAUGCAGUUCUUCGCUUUAGCCAGUACUUCAAGAUGAAACCAGAGGUCACAGCACUGAGCCUUCCGGAAUAAUCUUUCAUCCUGUGCUUUGUGCUACUCGUCGGAGAAGGACUGUGGUGGACGUGGGCAGUACCAACCAGGCUGUUCCAUAUGCAGAAGACUGAACACAUUAUCCUAGGAAAAACAAACACCCAGAAACAGCUUUCUGUUCAGCACCUUCUCGAUCCACUUUUUAGUUUUGUUGACAUGCUGAGACCAGCCGCGUCCACACUGUUUAAAGACUGUCAGGGACCUGACGGCGCAACUAAAACAGGAAGUACAGACAAACUGAGGUUCGUGUCAGUAGUUGCUCUGAGCACAGAGUGGUGGGUUUUUAAUUCCUUGCCUGACUCUAUAGAAGAGAUUGGGACCAUCAGAAAGCUCAGAGACCAAGACCCCCCCCCCCCCCCCCGGUCCUGUGUCGUGCACAGCUGCAGCUCAGACACUCACUGGUUGGCUUCUCCUGUUUUGUUUAUUUCAGAAUAACAUUUCCUGUGCCAUCCUGCCAUUACCACACCGUCUCCGACGUUGCUUAGAGGUAGCAAUGAUUUUUAGAAGCGCCAGCAGCUGUUGUCUUUGAGAUGAAACCUACACCAAAGUGCAGAGGUUUUUCGUUUUCCACUCUAAUAAUGUAUGAUGGUUACUUUCAUUUUACACCGAUGUAAGCGGUUUGUAUAGGUUUUGUUUGCAUGUUUGUUGUGAAGAAAUAGUGAAUCGCUUGUUUGUGCGCGUGUAACCCGAUCGCCUUAAUGAGGAGAGCAGCGGAGUGCGCCUCGGCGCUGUUGUGCGGUGACGUCUCCUAUGUGACUACGGUGAGAGCGUAGAGAAAACAUUGGUCCCAAUACUGCUUCAAAAGCCACAAAGUUAAGACUUGCAUUAAAGAUGCUGUAAGUGAUUUUUUAAAAAUAGGAACAUUUAAACAAACUUUACAUUCUGAUAGCUAUUGCUAACAUAUCUGUUGUGAUUUAAAAAAAAGUCUGACUGUACUGAGAUUUGUAAUCACCAUCUAACGUCAACACAAUACAAUGGCACUAAGCAUCAGAACCCACCUCCUCAAAGAGGCGGUCCUCCCUGCCUGUCAGUCAUUUUGUGUGCAUGUUUUGGAGGAAGGUUUGGCUGGAGAGGGUGGUAUUGACUUCUUUUUUGGUGAAGUCUGGCAGAAAUUAGAGCUUUAAAAUCAGUUCCAGCAUCUCUAAGACAUGUCUUGUACUAACACAGCUGCUAUCUGGAUCAGAAUGAAUCAUUUUAGACUUUUUUGUUGGUCCAAUUCAAAAUUGGAUAUAUUUAUUUCUGGGUCUUGGAGACCAUUCCCAAACUUCCGAUAUCCCAAGCGGUUUCUCUACUGUCUUCACAAUUGACCAUGGUGUACAUAUAGAUGUAUUGAUACUGUGAAUAGCAGCUCUCCAGAUAAAGACCUGUUUGUAAAUGUACAGACCACACGUCCAAGUUUCUUACAAAUAACCAAGUCAGGUUCUUAAAGUGAGUUUUUUGUUUGUUUUUUAGCAGUGCACUUAUGCGUUCUAAAAGAAAAAUGUCACGAUACACUUAUGUUCUCUGAAAUCACUUUGAAGCAAAUAAGUUGAUUACAUUAGCCAGAAAGACGUUUUCUGUUUCUUUAUAGUGUUGUUAGGAUGUUCUGUUGAAACUGAUACAAUGCUAGUGACAAACACCCCAUGCCAACAUCCACUACCAUGUAGUAUAUGUGUAUAUGUACAUCUUAUAAUAAAUGUAAUAUCUUUGCUUGUGUCUUAUGAGUAACUGUACGAAGGUGAGAUUUUCUUUUUUUAAUGAAAUACUGUCAAAUAAAAUGUAGUUACCUGGAAAAUGAUGAAAACGUGGGAUGUGGGGUCGAAUUUUAGAUUCUGUAUUUACCUCUUCUGACUGAAAAUAAAAGUCUAAGUCUAA